AGAGUCCUUGUUGAAAGCUCUUAUCAAGAAAGGGCUGUGUUCUUGGUGCUGAUAUCGGCUGCUGUGUCCCUCCCAGUGCGCUGGUGGGAGGCCCUGUCAGUGUCACGAGGAAAAGCUUAUCAAUGUUCCUAAGAGAGCCGAUGUAGAUUUUCUGUAAUCUCUAAGGAGGCGCUCCAGGGAGCGGGGCAAAUACCCCUGCAACGCAGACCUUUGGACAGGAGAGAUUUCUGAGUGCCGACACACCUUUCUGCUGUGAGACAAGCCCAUUGAGGGGCAUGGUUUGGUAGCAGGGAGCUAGUUUUCACGCUCCCGGAGUGACCACCGCAGAUCCUGUACAACCCAACCAAGGCAACACUCCUUGUCCCAGCUGUUUUGGAUUUGUUUGGAGACCCUGCGGCCUGGGACUGUGGACACAGCUUCCGCACAGCCUGUAUUGCUCGGCGUUGAGCGAGCACGAGCAACACCGCCUGCCCCAGUGCAAAACGAGGAUCCUGCGGAGAAAGCAAAGGCCAAACAGGGACCACAGGGACGUUGUGGAAUCCGUAGUUAAGAUUAAAAAUGAAGGCAGAAGCCAGCCAAGAAAUCCAAUGUGCGAUGCACCCACACCCUUUGGAGCUCUACUGUAAAGAAGAUCAGGUUCUCCUCUGUUUGGUGUGUGUACGAUACCAGGUUCAUCACAGUCACACGGUGGUGCCCCGGGACGAGGCUGCCCGGGAGUGCAGGGAACUAAUAACAGAGCUCAGAAAGAAACUUCAGUCUGCCGAGAAGACACUGGCACUGCUGGAGGGCAAGGACGGGAAGCACCGCCCCCCGAGGGCACGAGACACGGCACAUAAGAAGCCAAAGAGACCGAGCAUAAAGAUACAGCCACUUGGAUCGGAACGGAAAAGCAUCUCCCUUGGAAAGAAAAUUUCCACGGACGCCGAGUCACAGGGACAGAAAGCAAAAGAAAGUGGAGAACAAACGUCUGAGAAAGUGGAGAAGACUAGAAGUCACGUCAUUCAUGCCAGCGAAGAGGCUUCGGUUCCCAACAAAGAAUAUCUCGACCCGAUAAUUCACCAGAUCAGUGGCACCACAGACGAUGCAGCACUCAGUCAGGUGGCUGUCAGGAGCCUGCGGCAAAGAUUUGAAGGUCCCACGUCUCCAAAAGAAUCACCUGACUCCGGCCUCAGAAGUGGGAAGAUUUUAACCCCGGCGGGGCUGGCACAGACCGGGCAGGUCAGCUCCACGGAGCACAGAAGAGAGAAGGCGGCAGAGAAGCAGGAGGCGGCUCCAAGUCGUGUUGGCGACGAGACGCCGACUCCCCAGUGUGGUGUCGGCAAAACGCCCCCGGAGCUGCCGGCUCCCAGUGCGACUCCAAGCGUGGGAGAAGCUGAGGGCGCCCAGGUGGGUGUCACAGACCUGAGGAAAAGAUUUGAAGGUCCCGUGUCUCCAAAAGACUCGCCCGACUCCGGGCUAACAAGCUGGAAGCUUGGAACCUCUUCCGGCCACACACGGGUGGUGCAUGUCGGCUCCCAGGAAAAGAGAAGAGAGAAGGCGGCAGAGAAGCAGGAGGCGGCUCCAAGUCGUGUUGGCGACGAGACGCCGACUCCCCAGUGUGGUGUCGGCAAAACGCCCCCGGAGCUGCCGGCUCCCAGUGCGACUCCAGCCAUGGGAGAAGCUGAGGGCGCCCAGGUGCAUGUCACGGAUCUUAGGCAAAGAUUCGAAGGUCACGUCUCUGGACCGAGAGGCGGGCGCGAGAUGGACAAAACGUGUUUCUCUGCUGCGGGCGCCAGCUCCACAGGGAAUGGAGAAACGGUUCCUGCCUCCUCCGUUAGUCCCUGGGUUCCUUAGCACCAGGGAAUGUUCUGUCAGUGUGAACCUGCCUCCAGUUCUCCGUCUCUCCCAGUGCCGCACUGAGCUCCAGAGUCAAGCUUUCGCCAGGUCCUGGCCGUGUAGCUGGUGUAAGAAAGCCUCAGGCUUUGGGACAGCUGCUUAACACGGAUGAAAAUAAUUCCCGCGACAUGUUUAAAUUUUGAUGAAAUGUCGUUUUCUGACCACGUCCUUUUUCCUUUGGACAGUGUUUGACCCACUGCAAUGGUAGGCCAUGGUCUCAAACACCAGGAGAGCAUCCUCGCCUAUGAACUGUCCUCCCCCCUCCCUUUCUAUCUUGGUCUCCGUAGGGUUACCCACAGACGGUGAGAAAUCUCUCUCCACAGUCACUGUCCCUGAGUCCGACCACAGCUCAUCUCUGCCUGGCCUGUCGGAGAAACAGAAAACUGGUGCUUGAGAAAAGGAAGAGCCUGCCCCUGAGUGCUAGGUGCACGCCUUGAAAUAGAGCCGCAGAGCUGGCUCACUGGAGGAGGGACUCUCCUGGGCCGCAGUGACUCUGGUUGGAGGUGCGGUGGGUGGGUAACCAGAUGAGCGUCCGGGACGAUGCUGUGACCGGAAGGACUAACGUGAAUCUUGGUGCAUAGAUGGGGAUGUGGAGCAGGAGCAGAGAGGUUAUCUCCCCUUUGUGUUGGUGCAACCCUUGCUGGAAUCCUCUGACCACCUCUGAUGCUCUCAGUCCGAGACGGAUAUUGAUAAAUUAAGAGGUUCCAGGGAAAAGCCACAAGAACAAUAAAAAGGCCUGUUGCAUCCAGUUCUGGGCCCUACACUACAGAAAGGACGUGGACUCAUUGGAGAGGGUCCAGCGGAG